CGGUUAAAAGCGGACUCGGCGGGAGGCGGUGCCGUAGUGUAUGAAUAUUGAUUACGCAUCCUUGCGGCGAGUGCCCGCCCCUCUCCGCUGCCAGACGCUAGCUGCUCGCGCUCUGGCUCGCGAUGGGGAAGAAGUCCCGGGCGGUACCCGGUCGCAGGCCCAUCCUGCAGCUCUCUCCGCCCGGUCCUCGGAGCAGCACGCCGGGCCGAGACCCAGAGCCAGAACCCGACGCCGAGCAGGACUCGACGGCAGUGGCCCCCAGCCAGCCCGCACCGGCGGCGGUGGCUGCGGCGACGACGACCACGGCCACGAUUACGACCGCAACUGCGGUGACUACCACCGCGGCCCUGGACGACUCGCCUUCGGAAGAUGAACAGGAAGUGGUGGUGGAGGUUCCAAGAGUUCAGACUACUCCAAAACCAGUCAUGACCACCAGACCUACUGCUGUGAAAGCAACAGGAGGUCUGUGCUUACUUGGUGCUUAUGCUGACAGUGAUGACGAUGAGAGUGAUGUUUCUGAAAAACCAGCACAAUCCAAAGAGGCAAAUGGAAACCAGUCGACUGAUAUUGAUAGUACAUUGGCCAACUUCUUAGCGGAGAUCGAUGCCAUAACAGCUCCUCAGCCUUCAGCUCCUGUAGGGGCUUCUGCUCCACCUCCAACUCCACCUCGACCAGAGCCAAAGGAGGCAGCAACAUCUGCCCUUUCUUCCACCACUUCAAACGGAACAGACUCAACCCAGAGCUCAGGGUGGCAGUAUGAUACCCAGUGUUCAUUGGCAGGAGUUGGAAUUGAGAUGGGAGAUUGGCAGGAAGUUUGGGAUGAGAACACAGGCUGUUACUAUUAUUGGAACACACAAACAAAUGAAGUAACUUGGGAGUUACCCCAGUAUCUUGCCACCCAGGUACAGGGAUUACAACAUUACCAGCCCAGUUCUGUAACAGGUACCGAAGCUAGUUUUGUGGUAAAUACAGACAUAUAUAACAAGGAGAAAACUAUUUCUGUUUCCAAUAGUAAAAGUGGACCAGUCAUAGCCAAGCGAGAAGUCAAAAAGGAAGUAAAUGAAGGCAUUCAAGCUCUCGCAAAUAAUGAGGAAGAAAAGAAAGGGGUAGCAGCAUCACUGCUCGCUCCUUUAUUGCCCGAGGGAAUAAAAGAGGAAGAGGAGAGAUGGAGAAGAAAAGUGAUUUGCAAAGAAGAGCCCCUUCUGGAAGUAAAAGAAAUAAUAAGUACAACAGUAGAAGAAGCAGCAACAGUAGUCAAGCCACAGGAAGUUACGUUGGACAGUAUUGAAGACCCUUCUCAGGAGGAUCUUUGCAGUGUCGUCCAGUCUGGAGAAAGUGAGGAGGAAGAGGAACAAGAUACCCUUGAGCUGGAGCUAGUUUUGGAAAGGAAAAAAGCAGAGUUGCGAGCCUUGGAGGAAGGAGAUGGUAGUGUGUCAGGGUCUAGUCCAUGUUCUGAUACCAGCCAACCAGCAUCUCAAGAUGGAAUGCGUAGACUUAUGACUAAAAGAGGAAAAUGGAAGAUGUUUGUUCGAGCUACCAGUCCAGAAUCCACUAGUCGGAGUUCUAGCAAAACUGGACGAGAUACUCCAGAAAAUGGAGAAACUGCAAUUGGUGCUGAAAUUUUAGAAAAAACAGAUGAGAAUUCAGACAAAGAGAUGGAAGUGGAAGAAUCUCCAGAGAAAACCAAAGUACAAAUAGCACCAAAGGUAGAAGAAGAACAGGAUUUGAAAUUUCAGAUUGGAGAGGUGGCAAAUACCCUGACAAGUAAAUUUGAAUUCCUGGGCAUUAAUAGACAGUCCAUCUCCAACUUUCAUGUGCUGCUUUUACAGACUGAGACUCGAAUUGCAGACUGGAGGGAAGGGGCUCUUAAUGGAAACUACCUUAAACGAAAACUUCAGGAUGCAGCAGAACAACUAAAACAGUAUGAAAUAAACGCCACUCCUAAAGGCUGGUCCUGCCACUGGGACAGGGAUCAUAGACGAUAUUUCUAUGUAAACGAACAGUCGGGCGAGUCUCAGUGGGAGUUCCCAGAUGGUGAGGAGGAGGAAGAAGAAAGCCAAGCGCAAGAAAACAGAGAUGAGACUCUUCCUAAACAGACUUUGAAAGACAAAACUGGCAAUGAUUCAAAUUCUGCAGAAUCCUCUGAGAAUACUACAGGUUCUCUUUGUAAAGAAUCCUUUUCUGGUCAAGUUUCUUCGGCAUCACUUAUGCCACUUACUCCAUUCUGGACCCUCCUUCAGUCAAAUGUUCCUGUGCUUCAACCUCCAUUACCCUUGGAAGUGCCACCACCCCCGCCGCCCCCCCCAGAAUCGCCUCCGCCACCUCCUCCCCCACCUCCUCCUAUAGAAGAUGGAGAGAUCCAAGAGGUGGAGAUGGAAGAUGAAGGGAGUGAGGAGCCUCCUGCCCCAGGAACAGAGGAGGAUACUCCUUUGAAACCCUCAGCACAAACCACAGUUGUAACUAGCCAGAGUUCAGUUGAUUCAGCCAUUUCUAGUUCCCCUUCCACUAAAGCAAUAAAGAGAAAAGCUACAGAAAUUAGUACUGCUGUGGUUCAGAGGUCAGCAACCAUCGGCAGUUCUCCAGUCCUCUACAGCCAAUCAGCUAUAGCUACAGGUCACCAGGUAACAGGGAUUGGAAACCAGGCAACAGGGAUUGGACAUCAGACAAUUCCAGUUAGCCAUCCUGCAGCAGGAUUGGGCCAUCAAGCCAGAGGAAUGAGCUUACAGUCAAAUUACCUUGGACUAGCAACAGCACCUGCAAUUAUGAGUUAUGCUGAAUGUUCUGUCCCAAUCGGAGUGACUGCUCCAUCACUGCAGCCACUCCAGGCUCGAGGUGCUGCGCCUGCUACUGCUGUGAUAGAACCACCACCCCCUCCUCCUCCUCCUCCACCACCAGCUCCCAAAGUGCCACCACCUGAGAAGACAAAAAAAGGGAAGAAAGAUAAGGCAAAGAAGAGUAAAACCAAAAUGCCAUCUUUAGUAAAGAAGUGGCAGAGUAUUCAGCGUGAGUUAGAUGAAGAGGACAAUUCUAGUUCCAGUGAAGAAGACCGGGAAUCAACUGCACAGAAGCGAAUUGAAGAGUGGAAACAGCAGCAGCUGGUUAGUGGCAUGGCAGAGAGAAAUGCUAAUUUUGAAGCCCUUCCUGAGGAUUGGCGAGCAAGACUGAAGAGAAGGAAAAUGACUCCAAACACAUAGUUUUUAAAUCUAGAAAAAAUUUUAAUUUGUUUUGUGUUUAUUUCAGAGUCUUAACCAGUUUUACUGUUGUCAAAUAAACUAUAAAUGUUGAGGGGGGAGAGCAUAUGAACUUCCUGGUCAAGAACAUAUGAUACAAAGUUUUCAUACUUGUGAAUUGUAAUUUGUGUGUUUUGCUGAAAGGUGAGGUGAUUGGAAUUGCUUUGACCUGGCUGCCUUUAUUAUCACACUGGCAAAACUUAGCAUGUUAGGUAUAUUAACCUCAUCAAUUUUGAGGAACGUGUGGCACACAAAUCUGAUACUUCAGUGGGGCUCAAUGGCAAAAAGUGAAGAACUUUUCUGCCUGAUAGGUUAGUUUAGUUCUAGUGUGGCACAGGCUCUCAGUGACUUCUAACCCCAGAACAAGUGCAAUUCAGAAGGCAGCUCUGUAUUUGACUUUGCUUAACUGGGAUUACCAGGAUCUCUUUCUGACCUCUUCCCCUAGUCUGCCACCCCUGAAGUGCUGUCAGGUGGUUAUCUUGUGCUGAUAGUUGGCCACAGUCUUUAAAUAGUUCUUUCUGACCAACUCUAGAACUGAUGGCUCAGUCAUUUCACACACUAGGGGACAUAUUUAAAUUUUAAUACAAGCAGUAACAGCUUGUGUUCCUAUCCUUGAUUUUGAGAAUUUACCCCUUGAGUAUGUGCAGCAAAAGUCGCUCUGUAUCAAUGUGUCUUAGUUGUCUUACCCUGGUCCAAAAUUUACCUCUCUUUGUGUGAAUAUUGUCUCCAUAAAAUUCCAGUAUUUAAAAAGCAGUUUACUGUUCUGUACAUUCUAUUGGUACCACAAUCAGGUAAAAGUCACUUUAAACUGAAGAAAAGGCAAAUUGUGUUUUAAAACUGUUUGUAUUUCUCCAGUUUUUGACCUUGUAAAUUUGUAUAUAUGCACUAAUAAAGCUUUUUUUAUACUUCUGAUUGGUUAUCCUUUUGCUCUUCGAAGCCUGGUAACCCCUGAUUAUGUAACCAGGACUUAUUUUAAGUCAAUUCUUAAUUGUUUUUUUCUAAUCAAAUACAGUGCAAGGCAUGUGCAAACCAAUUGAACUGCUUUCAGGAAAAGAACAGCAGGAUCUUGGGUAGGAAUGGAGGGGGUUUGGUGGGGCAGGGUUAGAAAACAGGCCUCUAGUACCAGAAGGUGCUGUAUGACUUAAAUUUGGUUUGUACUCUAUGAUAUUAGCUUAAUAUUUGACCUAUUUAAGUCCUGGAAAUAAUGUAAUGUGUUAAAAAAUAAAGGUGCUUUAUAGCUUUUCUCUUUCCCACUCUUGAUUCUAAAGGUAAUAGAUAAAGCUGCCAUCAUAUAAAGUUAACCAAAGAUAAUAAUUUGAAUUUUAUUCCAGUAUAUUUCUAUGCAUAUAAUUAAAUUUUGUUCAAACUAA